AUGACAGUUUUAAAUCUGUAUUUGUGGGCCCUUGACAUAAACCGUGAGAAAAGACUUGUCUGGGACAAGAAAGGCCUGAAAGUCGUCAAAAUAUCGUACGGAAUUCUACGAUUCGGGGGGUUGUAUUAUAACAUCGCUGCCCGUGAAGACCGAGUCAAUCACAGCAUGUAUGACCUCAUCCUCCGACAAUGCGAUGUUUGUGCUGAAGUUCCCCAAGGUUUAGCAACAGUCUUGACAUGUCAACUGGUUGUACUUCCAAUCAUAUACAUCGUUAUGAGUGCGCACGUCGCAAACAUAUCUCUUUCAUACAUGUCCAUUCUUCCUAUAAAUCCGCAAGUAAUCCAAACGUCGGAAGAAGGUUAUAUAUGCUCAUUUCACGUUUCUCAAUUUCAAGUAUGGUGCAAUGUAACUGCACCCAUUGCGCUCAUCGUCUAUGAAACUAUUCUUUUUGGCAUGUUGGUUCUUUGUUUUAUCAAACAUUAUAGAGAAGUCCGAAGAGAUAUAAAUAGGAGCAAGAACAUGACAGCAUCAAGCAACGAUCUAACAGAAGCCAUCUCGUCGUACAUUUACUCCCCCGAUUUUGUUAUAAAUCUGGCGUUCUCUGAUGUUAUCCCAAACAUCUGCUAUACCUUCUAUGUUUCUAUGCUCGGGCCACUUAUGAUGCUUAGCAUCCGGGAAUACCACGCAGCUCAAGUGUCUGGAGGAGAAUCCUCUGGUGGAGAAGAGCUGGUCGAAACCCUAGAGUUUGCAGUGUUGAGCUCUCAGUAUAAGCAUGCAAAUGUAUGA